UGAACACGUGGGUUCUUCCUCCCAGGGCUGAUCAGCUCCGACUGAGGGGGUUUUCCUGUUCAUUUUUUUUCAUCAUUAUUUACUUCAAAUACGUUCUCCGCUCUGUUUUUCUUACUCCGUGAAAAUGAAAAUAAAACGACAGAAAACAGCAAGAAAACUUAUUUCGUUUUAUAAACAAAACUAUGGGUUCCGAGAACCUUUCCAGAUCCUGUUCGAUGGGACGUUUUGUCAGGCCGCCCUGAGGAAUAAAAUUCAGAUCAAGGAGCAGAUGCCCAAGUAUCUGAUGGGAGAGGUUCAGCUGUGUACAACUUCUUGCGUCCUGAAAGAGCUGGAAUCACUUGGGAAAGAAUUAUAUGGUGCCAAAUUAAUAGCUCAACGAUUUCAAGUUAGAAAUUGUGCACAUUUCAAAAACCCUGAAAGUGCCUCAGCUUGUCUUUUGUCAAUGGUUAAAAACAACAAUCUUCAUCAUUACUUUGUGGCCACACAGGAUCAACAGUUAACAAUGAAAAUUAAGAAGUUGCCAGGAGUACCUCUCAUGUACAUUAUACAGAACACCAUAGUCUUGGAGAAACCUUCUUCCAAAUCAAUUGCGCAGCUACCAUCACUGCAUAGUCAUCAGUUUGUCCCUGUACACCAGCAGCAGACUAUCCAGCACUUGAAAGAAAAACAGGGUCUAGUGAUGGAAUCUGAACCCCGACACAAGAAACGCAAAAGGAAAGGAGGUCCUAAUCCCCUCAGUUGUCUGAAAAAGAAAGUUAAGCCGCCACAACAACCAGCUAAAGAGAAAAAGAAAAGAUCAAGGAAGAGAAGGAGAACAGCUCAAUCAAGCACCACCAGUGUAGAAACCUCUGUGUAACUAUAAAGUUUAUAAAGACAUGGGUCAAAGUGUAUUACAGCAUCAUUUUUCCAUAUCAUUUGGUAGCUGGGUUGGGCAUUUUCAAAUUUGCAACAAAUUUAAACAGCAACUUCACUAUACAACCUAAUGGAAGCAGCUUUUAAAAUUUAAGACUAUCUGAAAAAAUCUUUGUUGGAAGGAAAAGUUAUCAUUUUUGGCUUUGUACGGUAUUUGUAAUUUCAUAUGAAACAUUGCCUAAAUGCUGAUGGUCUGUUUAUAACAAUGGUGCAAAUAAAUUGCACCAUAGAAAAUGAUUAUUGAUUAAAAAGUAUAAUGCUUUGCCCUGAUGUUAAAUAUUACAUUAGAAAUCUCAAAUUUAAGUAUUAAAUGUGAAAUCUCUACUUUGUUUGGUUUACAAACAUAAAGUAACAACAAGGUACUUUAUGGUGGUAAAUUUACUGCAAAGAUAUGGUUGAGAAUAUAAAAAUGCCUCCAUUAUCAUUUGGAAUGUCUCCUUCACUAAAUUUCUUUGGAGCUACUUCCAUAAAUGAAUCAACCAACAUUCUUAAGUACAUAAUGUAGACCACUCCUCCCCUCUAAUACAAUCUUGGUUGAUUUUAUUGUAACCUCAACUCUGCAUUCCCACCUAUCUGUAUUGACCUUUCACCCCCUUACUUAUCAGGAAUCUAUCUAAUUCUGUAUUAAAAUAUUCAUUGCCUCUUAGCACUGCCCUUUGAGGAAGAGCAUUCCAAAGACAUGAUUCUUCGAGGGGUGAAAAUGUGACGGUGAUAGUUGGUUUAUUGAGUUUCAGAGAAGAAAUAGCUGAACUUCUUGCCCCUGAGGUCAUGACUACAUAGAACCAGUAGAACUGGCAAAUCACUAGAGUGUAUUCCAAUAACAUGUUUACUCUUGCAGAUAGUGUGAGUUUUUGUACAUUAGGUGGCUCACUUAUGAGGAAAAAUAGUGACCAUAAGUUAUUAUUUCAAGUUUGUCUUUUAAUUUACAAAUAUUUAUUGAAACCUUUUUUCAAAAUGUUUCUGCUUGUACCUCUCACCAUGUGUUGAAGGAAAUCAGUGGAAAAUCUGGGGAGCUGGCUGAACUGCAGUGCCCUGUAUUUCUGAAGGCCUCAUUUAGAAAGUAUUGUAUGGUUUGAUCAACCUCAUCAGUGAAAAUAGGAAUGUUUCUACUCAUGGCAAGUACCUCUUAGAGUCAUAGAGCAAUACAGCACAGAUUCAGGCCCUUCGGCCCAACCAGUCUAUGCUGACCACAGUGCCCACCCAGCUAGUCCCAAUUUCCUGCGUUCAGCCCAUAUCCCUCUAGGCCCCACCUCUCCUUGUACCUGUACAAGUGCUUCUUAAAUGAAAAAUACUAUGAUGCUGGAGGAACUCAGUGGGCCAGGCAGCAUCUGUGGAGAAAAGCAGGCGGUCAAAAUGCUUCUUAAAUGCUACUAUUUUACCUGCCUCAACCAGUUCCUCUGGCAGCUCGUUCCAUACACUCCCCACCUCUGCAUGAAAAAGUUGCCCCUCAGGUCCCUAAAUUUAUGCCCCCUAGUUUUGAACUCCCCUACCCUGGAGAAAAGACUGCUACCAUCCCACUUAUCUAUGCCUCUCACAAUUUUAAACGCUUCUAUAGGGUGACCCCUCAUUCUCCUACACUCCAAGGAAUAAAGACCUGGCCUGGCCAACCUCUCCCUAUAAUUCAGGCCCUCUAGUCCUGGCAACAUACUCUUCCAGUUUAACCAUAUCUUUAACAGGGUGACCAAAACUGUACACAGUACUUCAAAUGCAGUCUCACCAAUUACUUAUACAAUGUAAUCUCCCAAUUCCUGUACUCAGUGUCCUGACUGAUGAAGACCAGCGUGCUAAAUGCCUUUUUCACCACCCUGUCUACCUGUGAUGCCGCUUUCAACGUACUAUGCACGUACUCCUAGGUCCCUCUGUUCCAUUACACUCCCUAGUGCCUACCAUUCAUAGUAUAAGUCCUACACUGGUUUGACUUUCCAAGAAGCAUUAUCUCACUCUUAUCUG